GCUGCAGAAGAGCCCAGGUUAGACCAGGGGUGGCUUUGUAUGCACUUGAAAGCCAGCUUUCCUGCCUUUAUGGUGAAGCCUGGUGGGCGUGGCAGGUAGAUGAUCAAGGUCCGAUGGAGGUUAUUGGCUGCACAGAGCACUGUGUCUGUGAGAACUGGAGACCAUCACCAUGGGAAAAGCUUGGUGCCAGGAACAUUGCAGGGGAGCUGGGAAUCCUGUGUGUUAAGGAUUUUCCAGUCCUGGGAGUGGGAAGAGCAGACUUUGCAUUCAGAUCUGAGUUUGAAUUCAUCCUCUCUUUUUUACUGGUCCUCUGACUUUUGUCAGGUUAUAUACCCUCUUUGAACUGCUGUUGUUUUGUUUUUAUUUUUUUGUCUCUCAAAAUAGGAGAAUUACGGCCUGCUGCUAGAGUAUUUGAUCAGAGUAAAUGAUUUGUGUCUAUAAGAUGCCACGUACAGUCACAAGCUCAGUGAGAAAUGGGCUGUAACCUCUUCUUCUGCAACUCAGUGCUUGACAAGACAUGGGGGAAAGCUAGUCCCUAAUUUGUGUGUGAUGCAAGUAGGAACAAAAUUAAUGUCUUGCGUUUCCCUAGCAGUAUUCUUACUCCUUUGCUUCAUUUACUUCUUUCCUCCUUUCCUUGCCCCUUUCCCAUCCUCCACCAAAAGUGCCUGAGACUCUCUCAGAACACUAGAUUCAAAUUAUUUUAAAGGUUGUCUCAUCCUCAUGAAAUGACAGUAACAUAAAAAAAAAUCUGUACACAUCCCAGAAUUCAUUGUAUUUGAUUUACACACACACGCGCGUGCGCACGCGCACACACACACACACACAAUCAGGCUACCUCCCACUUGCUGAGGGAGAAGGACCACUUUUUCUGAGUUUUCAUUCACUGAGCGUGAGAGCAAAGUCUCUUAUGCAGACUUUCAUCAGGCUUCGUGCAUGGUAUUUUUAAUUGGAUUUCUGCUUUGUGGCCAUAGAAUUAUUCUCCUAAUAGAAGAGAGGAAGUGGAGACAUAGACAUUCUGCUGAGAUAUUGGUAUCAUAUUUGAGUUGGAAAGGACUUAAGACAGCAUAGAGUCGUAACUUUUUAUGGGUGAGAAUCCAUGAUGUUGUAACUUGGACAAGAACCUGGGUCUUCUGCCAUUGUGUCCAUGCAGGUGAAGAGGCACCUGGGUGGGAGAUGGCAGGGAUCCUUCUUGCUUGAGUUCCAGGGUCUUGCUAGUUUUCAUUGCUCAGCUGCCUUUAGUUUAUAUCCAUGUGGCCUCUCAUGGGAAGGUCACUCUGUCCUGAUAGACUGAGUUUCUUAUCAGCAAAAAGCUCUGGACCCACUCAUAUUUUCCAGAGUUUUUCUGCUGACCUGCUGACGCUUUAUAUAAAUGAGACCUAAGAAACUACUGGAUAUAAAAUCCUUAUUGUUAUCAUUUGCCCUCGAGUUCCAUAGGAAUGGGGUGCUGUCUCAGGCUGUCUAAGGCUAGAUCUGAACAAAGAUAGGGUGAUAGGCUGUGCUGCUGGACCCUCCACAGUCGAAGGGGACUUCCACCUUAAUUUUUAGAAUCAGGCAGAUGAGUUCAAAUCUUGCCUUUACCAGUUAUUAGCUUUGUGACCUUGGGGAAGAAACUGUACUUUUUGUGUCCAAUUUUCUUUGUCUGUAAAUAAGUUCAGUAUUUAUUUUAAGGUUUUUGUUUUAGAAUUCAAUGAGCUAAUUCCCUCAUUUAUACCUAAAAUACUGAUCGCGUGGUUCUAUGCUGGUGCCUUGGUAGUUGAUUACUAAGGGACUUGGCAGUGAGAAUGGGGGUGGGGCACCCCUGGAUAAUAGAGCUUAUAUUCCAGGAUAUGCUUGUAAAAGACUGGAUGUGCAGUGGAUUUUUAGUAAAUAUCCACUCCUUUCCUAAUCUGCACUGGUUGUGUAUAUAUCUUUAUACUAAUAUAUGAACAAUUUUUAUUGCAAUUUAAAUAUCUCUGUACUACUUAAAAUAUGUAGCUAUAACAAAAAUACGUGAAAUAAAAUGAUUUGACUUUUAUUUUCUUUUGAAUAAGCCAAACAAAGUAAAAUAGAAAAGAAAAAAGUUUUGAAGGAGUAGAAAUAAUUUUAUUUCUGUGGAAUCAAUUCCGUAUAAUAGGGUUUUUGGUUGUGUUGUUAAACAUCAUAUAAAAUUGAUAGGUUGUGACAUCCCGGAAAUGAGGAAACAGGGGAGACAUACUACCUCCAAUGCAGUCAUUUUGUUACUAAGUCCAAACUCUUUCUGCUUGCUACAUGACAGGCCAAUAAAUCGGGAGAUGAGGUGUUGGAGCAAGGAAUAGUGACUUUAUUUGAAAGGCUGGCAGACCCAGAAGAUGGCAUAGUGAUGUCCUGGAGAACCGUCUUCCCCAAGAUCUGAGAAGCAGGAGCAAGGAACUCAGGGAGAGAUCCAGGAAGACAUCUGACUGUGUUAAGAGACGAUAGUCACAGUGACACGGGGAGCGAAGACACUUGCAGCAAAGUAAAAUAACUUCACAACUAUUGCAUCAGAGCUGCAGGUGUGAGAGAGCCUAAGCCUGUCUCAGAGUGCAGGGGACAAGCGGAAAGGAAUGUGUAAGAAUGCCGGUGACUCAGUUAGAAGCAUGCUUCCAAGCUGUCCGUGUCCUUGCCAUCCAGAAGCAGAGCCUGGAAGCUUCCGAAUUUCUCCAGAAUGCGGUUUACAUUCACCUUCGACAGCGUUCCGAGGAGAGAAUUCAGCAGUGCAGCAUCCUCUCCGAGCUCUAUGAGUUGAUCGGCUUCCACUGCAAGUCCGCCUUCAUCAAGCAGGUGGCCCCCAUGCAGCGCACGGCCCCCGGCAUCUCGGAGCCUGGCGGGAAGACCUGCUACCGACUCCUUCUGCAGACGCUUCCUGGCUACAGUCUGUCGCUGGACCUGCAGGACUUCAGCAAAGUGUAUGAAGAUUUUCCAUCAGACCGUUUGCUCAGCCUUUUCCUGAAUGAGGGAUUGAAUUUUCCACAGGAAGUCUUAUGAAAGAGAGUUACAAGGCACAUGGGUUUCCCAAAAAGCAGUAGUUGAUGUAAUAAACUCUCACAUUGGUGAACUUUUUGAUUACAAGCGGCUUGAAAAUUUUAUCACUAGGUCAUAUGCCACAAAUCUGUCUUAAGAAUAAAAAGAUUCAGAUUUUAUAGAAGAAGCAGUUUGAAUCAAGUAGAAAUUAUAAUUUGUACACUAUUUGGUGUUAGAACUUAUACUCAGUCUUAUCAUAAUUGCCUGUGGUAGGAACUGGAUCAUUAUUUAUUUAUUUAAAAAAAAUGCACUAGGUGCUAUUUGCCCCAUUCUUGAUGCGGCAGUGCUGAGGUUAGUUAAGUCGGGCCGUUAAGAAUGCUUAGCUAGGUUUUCGGGACAUUGAUUUCAGCCUCUAUCUUUUUUAGAAUCUCUUAUUUUGUGUCGGCCUUUGGUCUUUUGACAACGUGGAAACACUGCAGGGAUCUGUCUUUCCCUUUUUUCCUGUCUUUGUGGGAAAAGAUCUCUAUAAGACAGACUACUAGGACAUUAAGGAUUUUAUGUGGGGUAAGUUUGGUCAGCUCUAAGGAUUUCAAUUAAUACGUAUUAAUACUUGCUAUUCAGCUAAUGAUAGUAAAAUUAUAAAAUAACUUUCGUAUACAUCAAUAAGUAUAUUACAAUAAGCCCAUCACCUAGAUGAAGGAAUUCACAAACUUUUCCAUAUUUCCUUUAUUCAGACCUCUGUUCUUUGCCUUGUCCUUUGUUGAAGUAUUUGACAGCAAAUCCCAGAAGACAAGUCAUUUUACCCUAUGUACUCAAGUAGGCAUGUCUGAAAACUGAGGGUCUUUCCUUUGAUCAGGUUUUUCCAUUUGACCCAUGUGCUCGUUAAGUACCAGUUGUAUCAGGCAUCUCUCUAGGCUUUAGGGAUCCUUGGGGCAAUGAGACAGUCCUGGCUCCCAAGGAAGUUAAGGGCUGAUGGAAGAAAGCAACACAGGAGCUUAAGUGCCUCACCUAAGUUCCCUGUGGGAUGAUACCAAUUGGACAAAAUUUGUGCACAAUACAGUGGGAUUCACAGAAGGGACUGGUCAGACUUGUAGGGCAGGCAGGGAGAGAGGCGGUCAGCAGGGCUACAAUAGGAGGAAUCGUUUGAACAGAAUCUGAAAUCUUUUCCGCCAACCUUCCUACGAAGCCCCUAGGGCCCAUCACACACAACCCUGUGCUGUAACUGUUUUUGAUUCCUGUUACCACAUCUCCUUCAGGAAGGAUUUUAGGUGGAAAAUAUUUAAAAUCAGUAAUUGCUGCCAGAAGGGACAUAGAACAAGAAACAUGGAAACAACACAAUGUCCAUCAGCACAUGACUGGAUAAAGACGAGGUCAUACAUAUCUACAAUGGAAUACUACUCAGCCAUAAAAGAUGCCAUUUGCAGCAACAUGGAUGGACCUGAAGACUGUCAUUCUAAGUGAAGUGGGGUGGAAAGAGAAAGAAAAAUGCCAUAUGACUUCAUUUAUGAGGAAUCUAAAUUUAAUAACAAUAAUAAUAAGACCACCAAUGAACUAAUUAUUAUUUUGAUUUCUUGAAUAUGUGUAAGGACAUCUGACUGUCCUUUGUGAUUGGGUUACCAUAUUCUGUUUAUUAUUCUUUUGUAGUUGGCUUUAUUCCUCUGGUAACUAUGUAAGUUUAAAAAUCUAAAGCUCUAAUCUGUUCUUAGAAACAAUAAUUAGUACAUAUAUGUAAACUAAAAAAUGCAGUGUACUCUAUACAUGUAUUUACAUGCAAUAUGUGUAUGUGGAGUUGAACUGUAAUAAUUCUACCUAAUAAUACUGAAA